ACCAGCAUCAUUCAAGCAACAGUUCUUCAUCUGAACAGAUCAUCACUUACAGUCCUGAAAAGUACUUUCUAAAAUCCUGCAAAAAUGUUCGCCGAAGCAGCUAUCUCCACCGCCAACAUCAACGGAGUGUCUGAGAAACGAUCUCUCACUGGCGCCUCCGUCAACAUGAAGAAGCUGCUGAAGUCCUUCAAGAGGAUCUUCAAGAACUCCAAGUCGCAGAGUGGAGAGAAGCAAAUCGUCGAGCUGCUCUACCAUACUUGCCACACCGAGGAGGAGCACCAGAAUUGGCUCAACGAGCAACUCGAGGCCAAGCAAAUCAGCCUCCGCCUCUGAGUUCCCGAAGAACUCCUCCAAUCAAGAAAUAUCUGUGAUGUGACCCGCUUCAAAGGUCGAUAAAAGGGCACGUCGGCUUUAAACUCCAACUGUGAUGACGAGAGCACGAGACUGACUCACUUUCGUGCCUCGGAAGCAACUCCAGCGCCCGUUGCUUCCGCCAACUGUACAUAUUCAACCACCUAGCUCUAAGACUGUCUUCAAUAAUGCUUUAAUCUAGCCUAAGUUCUUAGUUAGUAAUCAUUGUCUUCCAUUAGAGUUAAGCGAAUCAUUGUCUUCCAUGUUUGUUUGUUUAGGGUUCAAAAUUAGGCUAAGAAUAAAAAUUCCUGCAAAAGGAAACCAAAACAAAA